ACACGUGGACGGAAGGGUUGUUGACUGUGGCUAUGCGGGAAUAGCUGGCGAAUAGGGUUGUCGCUGCUGCACCCCGACGCCAUGUGAACGUCCGAUCUGCGCGCCCACGUUGUGGAUGGACUUUAAAUACCUGAAAAGAAUCCUCUCAGAACCCUACCAACCUGCUUGGGGCUUUCUCUCCUGCGCUACAGCGAGAGCGAGAGAGAAAAACUGAAAAAGAGAGAGGGAGUUUUGAAACAGAGGAGGGAUGGAAUGGCCGAAGUCUCUCGACGAGUACGAGAAGCUUGUUAUUCGGAUGAACAAUCCAAGGGUGGUUAUUGACAAUGCAGAUUGCGCCACUGCAACUCUGGUGAAGGUUGAUAGCGCGAGGAAGGAUGGGAUUUUUCUCGAAGCUGUGCAGGUGCUCACUGACCUUGACCUCUCGAUCCGAAAGGCCUACAUAUCCUCUGAUGGCCGGUGGUUCAUGGACGUCUUCCACGUCACCGACCGUCAUGGCCAGAAGCUCACCGAUGAAAGCGUUAUCUCCUACAUAGAACGAUCCAUUAGUUCAGCCGGCGACGAAACCGACCCAGAAUCCUGCGGACUGGAGGCCCUCACAAACCUAGAGCUCGUCGGUACCGACCGCCCGGGGCUCCUCUCUGAGGUCAUUGCCGUCCUCACCGACCUUCGCUGCAGCGUGGUCGAAGCGAAGCUCUGGACUCACAAGGGCAGAAUCGCAGCGCUCAUCUCCAUCAAGGAUGAGGACUCCGGCACGACGGUUGAAGACUCCGACAAGAUCCGCCGCAUCGAGGCUCGCCUACGCAACGUUGUUCGCGGGGCUACCACCGCUUUGUCUUCGUCCUCCACCGAGGCUGCCGGAGGAACCCGUGCUGAUCGCCGUUUGCAUCAGAUGAUGUUCGCCGACCGCGACUAUGAGCUCCGGGGCGGCGGUCAGCCCUCUGUCUCCGUACAAAACUGGGCAGAGCGGGGUUAUUCGAUAGUCAACGUGCAGUGUUCCGACCGUCCAAAACUUCUGUUCGACGUCGUUUGCACUCUCACCGACAUGAAGUACGUCGUCUUCCACGGAACCAUCGACACCAUCGGAGAUAGAGCCUAUCAAGAAUUCUACAUUCGGCAUUCUGACGGAAGCCCGAUUAGCUCCGAAGCCGAGCGGCAGAGAGUGAUCCAAUGCUUGCAAGCAGCCAUAGACCGCAGAGCAUCCGAGGGUUUAAGAUUGGAGCUUUGCGUGGCGGAUCCAGGUAGAAGGUUGCUUGCUGAGGCCACUAGGACUUUUAGGGAGAAUGGGCUAUCGGUGACAAGGGCAGAGAUGUCGACAAAGGGGGAGAUUCCCGUGAACGUCUUCUACGUGACGGACGCCGGCGGCCACCCAGCCGACCGAAAAACGAUCGAGGAUGUCAUCAAACGAAUCGGCGCUGGCAGCCUCAAGGCCUGCGAGGAUCGGCCGCUGUGGACCGGACAAAAGCGGCCUGGCUCGGACCGUGACGAACCUUCCGGUCUUCUAUAUCUGGGCAAUUUGGUGAAGCGGAAUCUAUACAACCUGGGACUCAUCAGGUCCUGCUCAUAGAGAAUUAUUCGGUUUUCCUGCUUCAGUUUGUUGUCUUUGUACAUAGAAGGGAAAAUAUUAUUUGGUUGCUGUUAGAAUGUGCUUUCUGAUGUCCUAAAAAUAUAUAAUCUGAUAGAGAGAUAGAAAAGAAGAAAGAAAGUGAUGGGUAGAUUUGCCAGAGUGAAAGUUGAGCAGUAUUAGGUAUUCAAUGGUGUAUACAUAUAGAUUUGAAUUGUGUUUUAGUAGUGAAUCAUUGAUUGAUAGUUGUUGAUCAUUCAAGUUUUGCUUGUUAAGUUGGCAAUGAACUUGUACUGAGCAUGGAAGGAGUUGUUUAAAAUAAAGCGGGUUUUAUAAA